UAAGAAAUUAAAAUAUGAAGCUAAAAUAAUGUUUCCUCAUAAUUUUAAUUAAAAUAAUGGAAUUAUUGAUGUAUUGAAAACAACAAUAAUAACAAAUCUAUCUGUUGCUUCUGACUACAGUGAGGGGAGUUAAGAGGAUUUAGGGAAAAUCUGCUUUUGUCCAGAUUGUUUAGACUAUAUAGACAAAAGCUUUUCCAUCAAAUCAUUUUAUGGGUGUUGGGCACUUUAUAGAGAACUAAUGGUGAAGAAUUCACACUGUGUUCUAUCGUAUGGAACAAACUAGGACAAAAGAAAUCUUGAAAUACAUUGCCCACACAUUUAGUGGAGUUUAAGAAAUAAGAAGAUCAGAAACGUUAUAAGCCAAACUUAAUUAAAAAAAUGCUAAUAUCCUGUGUCAACACCUCCCAUAAGCUGCUAGGAAAAUACCCACUGUGCAGAGGCACCAGUGUAGGUGGGGCAUGGGGUGAGACAGUGUGGCAGGUGGAACACAGAGUCGGAUGUGGACCUAAGUUACUGGCUGCAGCACAUCGCUGGUGGAAGUUAUUGUUGAUUUUUGCUGACUACAUAAGAUGACAGUGAACAGGCUUCUCUGAGGUUAGUGCUGAAGUGAGUCUAUAUGUUGUUAUCACAAAUAUCAAUUAUAGAAAUAUUUCUGUGAGGGUUGUCAGGCCAGUAAAAAGCAACAGCCUAUUUAUAUAGGGAUACACUGUUGACUCAUGCAUCUAUAAAAGUCUGCAAUUCAAUAUGCAUUGAAAAUCCAUGAAAACCCUUCUGUGCUACUUUUAAUUGUUUUAAUUAAUACUAUGGUUUAAAACUAAGUAUUAUAUAUUAUAUAUCGUGAUAUAUCAUAUCACGAUUUUAUUUUUAACAUAUAUUAACCUACUUUUUUUUGGCCUGGAGAGUUACAAGUCAUAUCAAUGUAAGUAUGUACUGUAUGUGGUUACCACUCUUAAAAAUAAAUUUAAUUUAAUUGCUAGGUUACUGGAAAUCUUGUUAACUCUAAUUAUGAUCGAUUGGAGGAACAUUGUCAUAGUCUCUUAUUAUCCGUGUUAAAGCAAUUAGCUCCUGAAAUAAUAGCAUUAUUUAAAUUAAAUUACCAGAAAAUGUUGGUGUAGUUUUGUGAGGUCAAACCCUUCAGUUCAUAUACAAUACAGCUUAUUUUAGAACAACAAACGGACUAGUUGUCACCCUUAAGUACAAUUUUAAAGAAGACCAGUAAACACUGGAGGGCGUCCUCGUACAACUUUUACGGUUUAUGGCUGAACAACCGAGCAGAGUCCGAGCCAAUUAACAGUUAUAUGCCAAGAAAGCAGAUGACGAGUCCGUGGGAGGCGUCACACAUGUAGUGAGAAUUUUAACAUGACAGCGACCAGCUGGUCACUGCACGUUGUUGUCCAGUCACUGCUUACGUCCUUCUAGAAACACAGAUGAAACUAAUCUCUAAAAACAUAAAACCAUCUCUUAUGGUCUGGUACAAGCAAAGGAGAUAAUUGUGGGAUAUUGACGCAAAAACAAUUUUUCCAAUCAUUUCUUUUUUUCAAAGAAAUUAUUUACUGACCUAACUCUUAUUACUUGAACUCCCCCUAGUGGUCAAUAAGCGAAUGUGCUCUUAUUAGGUGAAAUGUUGAAUAUAGCCGUUACACCGUAUAUGCUGUUCUUGCUGAAGUGUUGCUUAAUUGUACUGUGUGGCUUUGUUUUAAUAAAUAUGCUAAUGCUAUUAGAUUGCAAUUAAACAUCAUAAUAUUAUAUUAAGUAAUUACAUUUCAUCUAAAAUAUCUUAUUGUAUGUAUCUAGAACAACAACAGAAAGUCAUGACGCUGCAGCACUCCUUAAGCAAAUCUCGAAGACAAGCACUUCGGGGGGCUGGUUAUCUCUUUCGUGCUCAGUCUUCAUCCUACACUUCCAUGACUGAAGAACUUUUGUUGGAGGCUGCAGAAUAUGGUAACAUACCUGAAGUGGGGCGGAUGCUGGACGAACUACCAGAGCUUAAUGUAAACUGCGUAAACUACAUGGGUCAAAGUGCACUACAGUUGGCAGUGGCUAAUGAGCACUUGGAGGUGACCAAACUACUGCUCAGGAAGAAAGACCUCUCCCGAAUAGGAGAUGCUUUGCUGUUAGCCAUCAGUAAAGGCUACAUACGGAUAGUGGAGGUCAUUUUGACUCAUCAGGCCUUUUCAGACAGACAAAGACUUAGAAACAGUCCAAGCCAGGUGGACACACAGGAUGACUUCUAUGCCUAUGAUGAGGACGGCACACGUUUCUCUAAGGACAUUACACCAAUCAUCCUGGCCUCCCAGUGUAACGAGUUUGAGAUUGUGCAUGUGCUUCUUCUGAAAGGGGCUUGGAUAGAGCGGCCACAUGACUAUUUCUGCCAGUGCAGGAGCUGCAGUGAACAGCAGCGGGAUGACGCUUUCAGCCACUCCCAAUCACGUAUCAAUGCGUACAAAGGCCUGGCUAGUCCUGCAUAUCUGUCCCUCUACCAUGAAGACCCUGUGAUGGCAGCUCUGGAGCUGAGUAAUGAGCUGGCUGUGCUGGCCAACAUUGAGAAGGAGUUCAAGAACGAUUACAAGAAACUGUCCAUGCAGUGUAAAGACUUUGUCGUGCGACUCUUGGACUUGUGUCGAAACACAGAAGAAGUUGAGGCAAUCUUGAAUGGGGACACUGAACUGGGUCAGAAAUCUGAAACCAGUGGCCAACAGAACCAUAUCAGAUUGAAACUUGCAAUCAAAUAUGAAGUUAAAAAGUUUGUAGCUCAUCCAAACUGCCAGCAACAGCUUCUCUACAUCUGGUAUGAGAACCUAUCUGGACUUCGCCAGCAAAACAUGGCUGUCAAGAUCCUUCUUGUCCUUGGGGUCGCUGUUGGGUUGCCUUUUUUGGCCUUCAUGUACUGGAUAGCACCCUCAAGUAGGUUAGGGAAACUAAUGUGUGGACCGUUCCUGAAGUUUGUGGCCCACGCUGCUUCUUUCGUGAUAUUCCUGUGCCUUCUGAUCCUGAACGGUGCAGACCGUUUUGCAGGAACGUCACUCCUCCCAAAUAUGACCGUCCAUGACUACCCUGCGCAGCUUUUUCGAAUGAAGACCACUCCUUUCACUUGGAUGGAGAUUCUCAUUAUAUCCUGGGUCAUAGGAAAGAUCUGGGAAGAAUGUAAAGACAUUUGGUCGCAGGACAUCCGGGAAUAUAUUUCAGAACCCUGGAACCUUCUAGACUUCAGCAUUUUGGCCAUAUUUAUGACCUCAUUCAUUGCCAGAUUAAUGGCUUUCUGGCACGCACACUCUGCCCAGUGUUAUGUUGAUAAGCAUUACACUGACUUAGCCAACAUAACCUUGCCUUUUGAGAUAGAGUAUUUUCAACAAGCUCGAAUCAACUGGAUGCCCUCUGACCCGCAGCUCAUUUCGGAAGGUCUCUACGCAAUCGCAGUUGUGCUGAGUUUCUCCCGCAUCGCGUACAUCCUUCCUGCCAACGAGAGUUUCGGUCCUCUGCAGAUCUCUCUGGGAAGGACAGUAAAGGACAUCUUUAAGUUCAUGGUGAUUUUCAUUACAGUCUUCGUAGCUUUCAUGGUGGGGAUGUUCAACCUGUACUCGUACUACCUGGGAGCCAAAUACAACGAUGCAUUCACUACGAUUGAAGAGAGCUUUAAAACCCUCUUCUGGGCCAUCUUUGGUUUGUCAGAGGUGAAGUCAGUGGUCAUUAAUAUAGACCAUAAGUUCAUUGAGAACACUGGCUAUGUGCUGUAUGGAGUGUAUAACAUCAUCAUGGUGAUCGUCUUGCUGAAUAUGCUCAUUGCCAUGUUCAACAGCUCCUUCCAAGAAAUUCAGGAUGAUGCUGAUGUCGAAUGGAAGUUUGCCAGAGCUAAGCUAUGGUUUUCGUACUUUGAGCACAGUGGAGCGCUGCCUGUGCCCUUCAACCUUGUACCAAGCCCAACGUCAGUCGUCUCACUCCUGUGGGGGAUAAGGGAAUUUCUCUGGGCUGUGCCUCCAGGUAAAAACAAAGCAAACUCAAACGAUGAGAUGGAACUCAACAAGUUGAGGCAACAAGAAGAUACUAAAGUGGAAGGAUCACUCUGUUCAACACACCACCAGAAGAUAAUGAAUCGCCUCAUCAAAAGAUACAUCUUAAAAACACAGAGAGAUAAAGACAACGAUGAAGUCAAUGAGGGUGAACUAAAAGAAAUCAAACAAGACAUCUCCAGUCUCCGCUUCGAGUUGCUGGAAAAGCAAAACCACGAUAUGAGAACAAUUACAGAGCUCAUCAUACAACUGGGGGACGUUGUAGAUUUUCAACAGGAAGAGGAACAGAAGCCUGGAGUCUGAUUGUGAAUAUUAGUUAAUACAUAUACUUGAAA